AUGGGCACUCAUCUCCGUCGGGCUCACAUCCAGGACCAUGACAAUGCCGCCGGUCUGGAGACUCACUGGGGCUACCCCGAUCGGGUAGUCCCCUGUGUCAACGAUCAGGGAACUUGUGAGUACCUUGAUGCCGUCUACCGGAUGCACGACCUCUCCAUGCUGUACACCUUCAUCUUAUGGGCCGUCAUAGGUGGUGUUCUGGCGCUCUGGGUAGCUGUUCGAAUCUUCAGACCACGUGAAAAGUCAACGGGACUUUUGAAGGCAACCUUUCGGGACGCAGAAGCGUCGGAGAGCAAACAUGGUCAAUCCAAUGCACUGAGAGUCUGGAGGGCUACAACAGCCACAAUAAACCAUUAUAUGCUGCCGGAGAGCUUCACAGGUGUCUUUGGCCACAUCUCGAGGGUGCAGCUAGUAUUUCUGGCUGGGUUGCUGGCUUAUUUGCUCAUCUUCUCGCUCGUGGGUAUAUCUUACAGAACAUGGAUCACUCCGGUGAAGAAGUCACCCGGCAAGUUCAACACCCGUACCGGCCUGGGUGGCUUUUCCGACCGAGUUGGAGCCCUGGCCUAUGCCCUGACACCCCUCUCGAUUCUCCUUUCCUCUCGAGACUCGGCUCUUUCCCUUCUGACAGGCUUACCACAUACUUCAUUCCUAUUCCUCCAUGUCUGGACUGGUCGCAUCAUCUUCAUCCAAUCAUUUCUGCACACCCUUGGGUGGACCAUUAUCGAAGCACGUCUCUACCAGCCUCAACCGGCCGUAUAUCGCGAAUUCAUGAGCCAGCUGUACAUCAUUUUCGGCGUUGUAGCCAUGUUGCUAAUAACGGUCUUAUACCUUGGGAGUUUGAAGCGUAUUGUACGACGGACCGGGUAUCAGUUCUUUAAGUUGACGCAUUACGUCACUGCCGCUUUGUACUUGGCCGCUUGCUGGAUCCAUUGGACGGGUCUGGCCUGCUGGAUAAUCGCAGCUAUCAUUCUACUUGCCAUCGACCGAGGCAUACGGCUUAUGCGGUUAUUACUUAUCCAUACCGGCUAUCUUGGCACGAAAAACUGCGUGGGAUUCAAGAAGGCAGAAGCAAAAUUAAAGGUCUUUGAAGAUGGAGAUGGUGGGAAGAUACUGCGAUUAGAGCUCGAACACAACCACGGACCCUGGCGUGCUGGGCAACACUUCUUCUUGACGUUUCCGGAAUUGGCAUGGUGGGAGGCGCAUCCAUUCACACCGGCAUCCCUAUCUUCAGAGCAUCCACAAUGGCAGCGUCACGUGUACGUCAUGAGAGUCAAGAGAGGCAUCACCAGAAGAUUGGCAGAUCUGGCGAUUAGCCGGGGCGGUGAGAGCUCGCUGGAUGUGUUGCUGACAGGGCCCUAUGGCGCGGGAAGUGAAAUUACAGAUACUAGCAGAGCAAAGAACAUGCUUGCUAUCGCAGGAGGUACAGGCAUCUCGUUCGUCUUCCCACAGGUUCUGCAACUGCUGGCCAAGACUGUCGACGACCGGGAAAGGGGCUUAACACAGCUCGUGUGGAUUGUCCGCAAGAGGGCAGAUAUUCAGUGGUUUCUACCAGAGAUUGAGGGAUUGAAGAAGAGCAUUGAAGACCGGGUUCGUUGUGAUAAAGAGAAAGUCGCCUUAUACGCGGACAGGGUGAAGAUUAGCAUCUUGGUCACAAGACGAUCAACGAACGAGCCGAAAGCGACAGGCUCAUGCGUUUCAAGUCCAGUCACAAGCGACAUCAGCAAUGAGAUAGGUGAAGAUACAACCUUCAAGAAUGUGGAGAGAUCCUCGGUGAGUGAGCGUCUAGACAUUCUCUGUGCUGGUGGGCGGUUCAUCCACGUCAAACAACUGGAGAACCAUCAUCCUCAAAUAGCGGAGCUAUUGGACGCCUUCGCGACAUCGUGCACAGCCGGAACAAUUGAUGUGGUUGGGAGUGGACCAGUAGGAAUGGGUACCGACUUGAGAAGCGCUGUUGCAAGUCUGAAUCAUGCAUCGAAUGUAUGGAGAGGCAAUCAGACAGGCCCACGGUUCGCCUCACAAUCCGCCCACCAUGGCGAAAGUGCCCACCAUGUCCCAGCAGGUUCCGGGUCUGAAUCGUUCGGUAAAGGCUUCUACAUCAGCCUUUCGCUGAUGUCUGUCGGCCUCGUCGGCUACACUCUCGCCACAUCCUCGGAAACCGCACCCCGGAUAACACGCCUGAUUGCAUCUUUCAAGGAGCACCGUGAGGAACGCGAUGGUCAGAGGAAUGCACUACAUCAGGCUGCUGCGGAGCAGGCGGCGUUUGACCGACAAUUGUUUGCGUCUGCGACGCCGAGUCAUUCGGGGGUCGAUCUGAGGUAUCCUGAGGCUCUAAAUCGAUCGUCGCCAUGGAAUGUGGUAGCAGGCGAAGGGGGCGCAGACCUCAGCAAGCUGAUGGAGUAUUAUGCCCGGGAGAACGAGAAGGUGGAAAAGGAAAGGGCGGAGAGGAUCAAGAGGAAAGGGAAGAUUACGACUGUCUAUGACGAUACUACUGGUGGGAGGUUUCCGAGUUGGAUGCCGUGGGUGGGUGGGAGCAAGAAGGUUGCACCUGGAUUCAAGGAGUGA